CGGCGGGGGCGGGGCCUGGAGGCCGUUCUUGCAACGGCUGGAGUGUCGGAGGUGGGAGGGCCCGGGUGGCUGCCGCAGCCCAGAGCCCAAUGUUGCCGGGAGGCGCUCAGGCUGCAGCAGGAGCCCGAGGCCCGGGCCAUCCCGGCUGAACGUUCGCGGGGCCGCCCGGACCGCCAUGGGGUCCCUGUUCCGGAGCGAGACCAUGUGCCUGGCGCAGCUCUUCCUGCAGGCCGGCACGGCCUACGAGUGCCUCAGCGCGCUGGGCGAGAAGGGUUUGGUCCAGUUCCGAGACCUCAACCAGAACGUAAGUUCUUUCCAAAGAAAAUUUGUUGGUGAGGUGAAGAGGUGUGAAGAACUAGAGCGUAUAUUGGCAUAUUUGGUGCAGGAAAUUAAUAGAGCUGAUAUUCCCCUUCCCGAGGGAGAGGCCAGUCCUCCUGCUCCUCCUCUUAAACAAGUUCUAGAAAUGCAGGAGCAGCUGCAGAAGCUCGAAGUUGAACUGAGAGAAGUCACCAAGAACAAGGAGAAACUGAGGAAGAACUUGCUUGAGCUGAUUGAGUACACGCACAUGCUGAGGGUGACGAAGGCCUUUGUGAGGCGGAGCGUGGAGUUUGAACCUACUUAUGAAGAAUUCCUUCCCUUAGAGAAUGAUGCAUUAUUGGACUACAGCUGUAUGCAGAGGCUGGGAGCAAAACUGGGAUUUGUGUCUGGCCUAAUUAACCAAGGAAAAGUCGAAGCAUUUGAAAAAAUGUUGUGGAGGGUCUGCAAAGGGUACACCAUUGUGACCUAUGCAGAACUCGGUGAGCCCCUGGAAGACCCUGAAACAGGAGAAGUCAUAAAAUGGUAUGUGUUUUUAAUAUCCUUUUGGGGAGAGCAGAUUGGCCACAAGGUUAAGAAGAUAUGUGAUUGUUACCACUGCCAUAUUUACCCCUACCCAAAUACUGCUGAGGAGCGAGCUGAGAUUCAGGAGGGGCUGAAUACCCGGAUUCAAGAUCUUUAUACUGUGCUCCACAAAACUGAGGAUUAUUUAAGGCAAGUGCUGUGUAAAGCUGCUGAAUCCGUCUACAGCCGCAUCAUCCAGGUGAAGAAGAUGAAGGCCAUUUACCACAUGCUGAACAUGUGCAGCUUCGACGUGACGAACAAGUGCCUCAUCGCUGAGGUCUGGUGUCCUGAGGCUGAUCUACAUGACCUGUGCCAAGCGCUAGAGGAGGGGUCGAGACAGAGCAGUGCCACAAUCCCCUCAUUUAUGAACACAAUCCCAACAAAAGAAACACCCCCGACUCUGAUCCGCACCAACAAAUUCACCGAGGGAUUUCAGAAUAUUGUGGAUGCCUAUGGAGUUGGGAGCUACAGAGAAGUGAAUCCAGCUCUCUUCACCAUCAUCACUUUCCCCUUUCUAUUUGCCGUGAUGUUUGGAGACUUUGGACAUGGCUUUGUGAUGUUCUUGUUCGCCCUCUUGUUGGUGUUAAAUGAAAAUCAUCCCAGACUCAGUCAGUCCCAAGAGAUCAUGCGGAUGUUUUUCAAUGGUCGGUACAUCCUCUUGCUGAUGGGGCUGUUCUCAGUGUACACAGGUCUCAUCUACAACGACUGCUUCUCCAAGUCAGUCAACAUUUUCGGCUCCAGGUGGAAUGUGUCUGCCAUGUACAGUUCCAGUCACACCCCAGCAGAGCAUAAGAAGAUGGUGCUUUGGAACACCAGCACUCUCAGGCACAGCAGGGUUUUGCAGUUGGACCCCAGCAUCCCAGGAGUGUUCCGAGGCCCAUAUCCUCUUGGUAUUGAUCCUAUUUGGAACUUGGCCACAAAUCGUCUCACUUUUCUCAAUUCUUUCAAAAUGAAAAUGUCUGUGAUUUUAGGAAUUAGUCACAUGACUUUUGGAGUUGUUCUUGGGAUAUUUAACCACUUGCAUUUCAGGAAGAAGUUCACUAUUUAUUUAGUUUCCAUCCCAGAACUUCUCUUCAUGCUCUGCAUCUUUGGAUACCUUGUAUUUAUGAUUAUCUAUAAGUGGCUGGCUUACUCAGCAGAAACUUCCAGAGUUGCUCCUAGCAUUCUGAUUGAAUUUAUUAACAUGUUUUUAUUUCCGGCUAAUGAAACAAAUGGUCUUUACCAAGGGCAGGAGCAUGUCCAGAGACUGUUGCUGGUCAUCACAGCAUUGUCUGUCCCUGUCCUCUUUCUGGGAAAGCCACUCUUCCUGUUAUGGCUGCACAACGGCCGCAGCUGCUUUGGGGUGAGCCGGAGCGGUUACACACUUGUAAGGAAAGAUAGCAAGGAAGAAGUUUCUUUGCUGGGAAGCCAAGACAUCGAAGAGGGGAAUAACCCCAUGGAGGACGGAUGUAGAGAAGUGCCCUGUGAGGAGUUUAAUUUUGGAGAAGCAUUAAUGACCCAAGUGAUUCACUCCAUCGAGUACUGUCUAGGAUGCAUCUCCAACACUGCUUCCUACCUGAGGCUCUGGGCUCUCAGCCUGGCUCAUGCACAGUUAUCUGAUGUCCUGUGGGCCAUGCUGAUGCGGGUGGGUCUCCGAGUAGACACAACUUACGGAGUCUUGCUGCUGCUCCCGGUUAUUGCUCUCUUUGCAGUUUUGACAAUUUUCAUCCUUUUGAUCAUGGAAGGGCUUUCUGCAUUCCUUCAUGCCAUACGCCUCCAUUGGGUAGAAUUUCAGAACAAAUUCUACACUGGUGCAGGCACCAAAUUUGUUCCUUUCUCAUUCAGGCUACUUACAUCGAAGUUCAGUGAUGACAUGACAUGAUCGUACUGCUGUAUCCAACAAGCUUUCAGAUUUAUGGAGGAUUAUCAUGUUAAUUGAAUUUCACUUAUGUCAAAUUUACGUAGGAAAAAUUCCAUCUUUAUUGAUUGCCUUAUGAUAUAGCCAAAUAAUUCUGUAAGAUAUACCUCUUCCUCGUAUGUUAAAUAUUUUAUAAAGCUUACCAACUUGAGAUGCAAAUUUGAGUUUUUAUGAUGAGCAAAUAAAAGCUACUGCCAAAAGUUAUGUUCAAGUUACUUUUAAAAAUACAGGCUUAGGGGAGAGCAGCCAAUUUUAAAUGGCUAAUUGAAAAUAGUCUUAGACACUUGAUUCCUUUUCACCUAAUUUAAAAAAAUGGAGUUGUUCUGUUACCUGAACUUGCCAGAUAAUAUUUUCCAACAGCUGAAGUAUAGUUCUUUAAAUUUAAUGAUGGCUAAUUGAAAGAUUCACAUUUAUUCUGUGUGAUUAAAAGUAUGCAAACUUUUUUUAUUGUAUGUUAUCUAGAAUUUUAAGUAGGGGAUUAUUUCUACAAUUUUGACCUGUUUUAAUAAUCGGGGAAAUGGGAUAAAAUACAACAGAUGUAUUAUCCCACUUGUAUAUUUUUUUAAAGGUUCUUGUCCUGUUUUCCUUACAUAAGCCCAAUUAUGGUAAUCCUAUUUGAAAAGAUAAACUGUGUACUGAGCCGCAAAACCCAGUGUGACUGUGGACAAUAUAAUAUGGAUAUGAUUUGAACUUAGUGACCAGCAUGGUUGAUGUGACUGAACCAAAAGGGUUUAUACUGAAGAAAAAAAGGUCAAAAGUAAAUUUUAUAGUUUUAUAAUUAUUAAAAUUUUACUAUGAAGAGAUUACAUUUAUCUUUGAGAACAACAGAAUUAUACUUUCAGACUAUUUCUAAAUAAAGAUCUGAUAAAGGCA